CCCCGGCGGGAGCGGAGCCUGGCUCUGCGGAACAGCAGCUCCGCCCUGUACAACAACCUGGCCGUGCUGUGCCCUCCCGCCCGGCCCCCCGCCUUCGGGGCCGUGCACGGCACCAUCCUCAGCCUGCUGGGCAGCGAGGGGCCCCCCCGGCAGCUGCAGGCUCGGGGAGGGGGCUCGGCCCUCAGCACCCCCCUGCUCACACAGGCCGCGUGGUGCGAGCUCCCGGCGCGGGUGCUGCUGGUGCUCACAUCCCAGCGCGGGGUCCAGAUGUACGAGUCUGACGGCUCCACCAUGGUGUUCUGGCACGCACUGGACAUCCCAGAGCACCCAGCAGCACAUUCCGUGUUCGCCCGAGGCAUCGCCGCGGCCGGCGGCCGCUUCAUCUGCGUGGGAACGUCCUUUGGGGCUGUGCUGGUGUUUGACAUCCCCCCAAAAGGGACCAACGUGACGCUGAACGAGGUCCUGGAGCAGCACCGGGAUCCCAUCACCGACAUUGCAGCUGAGCAGGGCCAGGCCCCGGAUGGGGCUGGGGACCUGGUGACAGCCGAUGACUCGGGGACCCUCUGCCUCUGGAGCACCGGGGAGGAGUUCACCCUGCUCGGGCAGAUCCCGGGAUCUGGCUGCACCUGCUCCUCGGUGAGGCUGUGGAACGGGAUCGUGGCUGCGGGCUAUGGGGACGGGCAGAUCCGGCUGUGGGAAGCGGGGUCGGGGCGGAUCUGUGCCCAGGUGAGCGCCCACGCCCGCUGGAUCUACGCGCUGGACCUGGCACCGCUCACCGGCAAGCUGCUGUCGGGCGCAGAGGAUUCCUUUGUCCACGUCUGGAAGCUCAGCAGGAACCCGGACACUGAUGACAUCGAGAUCCAGCACUGCCACGCCGAGUGCGUGACGGACACGCAGGUUUGUGGCGCCCGGUUCUGUGACCCCGUUGGGGACACCUUCGCUGUCACCGGCUAUGACCUGAGCGAGAUCCUCUGCUACGGCCCCGCCUGAGCCGGGAGUAUCGGGAACACCGGGAAUAUCGGGAAUGCCGGGACGCUCCAGCGAGCACAGACCCCGCUCCAGCUCCGUGGGGAUGUGUGGGGGGAUUCCAGCCAGCAUCCCCCCCUGCCCAAAGCCCUCCUGAGAUCUGGGAGCUGCUCCGGCUCCACCAGCCCGAGGGGAUCCCCAGGACCCUCCCACCGGCUCCGGGACCCUCCCGUCGGCUCCCACCCUACCCGGAGGGCGGCGUGGCUGGGAACAGACCCGGAUCAGACGGGAGGAUCCCGGGAAACCUGUGCUACCUGCUGCUCCAGCCCGGACAGCCCCAGCCCAGCCCAGGGUGCAGCACCCGCCGGCCACGGCUGCUGGGGAGGGAAAAAAAGGGGGGAGGGAGGCCAGGGGAACGUGGGGGACCCCACAUCCCAACCCCCCACAGGAUCCCAAAUCCCCAGGGGAUGCUGCAGUCCCAUGGCCGCUGGCCAGAUGUUUGAGGCUCCAGCUGUGCUCUGGGGCAGGAAACAGCUGCAGCAGGACCCCAGGGACCUCCCCAGGUCCCCUCCAGCCCCCCUGACUGUCCCUGACCACCCCCAUGGGAGCUGAGGUGACCCCAGGCUCUGCUCCCAGGGCCCUGUGAGGCUGGGAGGGGAGAAUGGGGGGCCCAGCCUGGGACAGGAACCCCCCCAGCCCCCCCUGCCAUGCCGGGGAUCUGCCUCAUCCAUAAACGACCCCCCCACCCUGUAUGUCCCACUCGUGUCCCUCCAGUGUGUGGGUUCUUUCCCCACCCCCAUGUGCUCUGUACCCCCCACAAUAAAUUCAC